CAGCAGGGAGGCGCUACUGGCGGUAAACUAAAGGACCAAGUGAAGUGCUCUCGUGCGUCAAUAUUUGGCAGCUGUUUCACAAAGGACAACACAUUUGUAUUGGAUUGAAAGUCAUUUAAUUUUUUUUGAUAAUUUAAAACAAAACUUUUUUAAGGUGAAUUUUGAUGGUGAAGUUGUCGACACGCGGAGGUUGAGCUGCCUGUAGAGACUCGUUAACCUGCAGCAGCGACGGUGUAGCAUAAACCAGAAACACAUGGAUGUCAGGAGGGGGAGGCCCAAUGAUGCUGCCCACUUCAAUCUACUCGGCCUCUGCACCCAAUAGUCAUGUCAGCCAGCUGAGCAGGUACCUGAGCAACCCCCACAACACGCCAGAAGAGGACGAUGAGACCAUGAGCUCUAAGGAGCAAGAAGCCAGGGGCGUUCACAAGCCAGACUCCGCCCCCAACUCUGAUGGCUACCGCCCCCCUCCAGAGCAUGCCACUUUUGCUGAUGACUCCCUGUUCAGCAUACAGAGGCCGGACAGGGAGCAGGAACACAAACACAACCAGACUCUCUCUCAACCUGGCUCCAGCUACUGCUUGUACCAGCCUCGCCGCAACUUGCCUGCCGGGUACAGCCAGCCGACGCCGUUCCCCAGCCGGGCUGAUGGCGCCUGGCUCCACCCGAGCUUUGCCAGCAGCUGGUCAGGGUAUCCCAACAGUUUGCCUUCCUCUCUGAACCAGAACGAUUACUCCGGCUGUUCUGGCGAUAGCGGCCUCUCAGGGUACAAGUACAGCACCAGUAUGAGCAGCUUAGAGCAGCCGCUGUCUCUGUGCUCCAAUCCGCCUUCAGGCAACUUGUUCCACCACACUCUGUCUCCGUACGCGUGCUCGCCCCAGGGAGCUGCCUGCUGCGCGCAGUGCCCCCCAGAUGCAUUCAACAGGGGGCCUGUGGCCAACAAACCCCCCUGGCCUCAAUUCCACCCACCUUAUGGCCCGUACUAUCCAGCCUGCAGACUACCUGGAGCUGAAUACACACACAUGGGCCACAACCCUCCAGCCAAAGAGAAGCACCCCCCUCACAGCACUCCUCUCUCUCUGGAGCAGAGGAGGGUGUUUGUCACUUACGAAGCGGACAACGACGAGCACGUCAAUGAGAUCAUCAACUUUGUUGCUCUGCUGCGACACAACGGCUUUGAUACGCAUAUUGAUAUUUUUGAGCAGCAGUUCAGGAGUAUAAGCAAGAUAGACUUCAUGGAGCGGUACAUCAGUGAGAAAGAGUACCUGAUCAUCAUCAUCAUCAGUCCCAAGUACUACGAGACGGUGACAGCCUCCCCUGUCGGCCCGGUGAACGACGAGCGGACCUUCAACACCGUCUACAUUCAUAAACAGCUCCAGACUGAGUUCAUCCAGAAUGGAAGCAAGAAUUUCAGGUUUAUUCCCAUUGUGUUCCCCGGGGCUAAAAAGUGUCACGUCCCGAACUGGCUCCAAAACACGCACGUUUACGACUGGCCGCUCCAUCGGGAUGACAUCCUGCGGCGGCUGAUGAGGGUCGAGAAGUACAAUCCACCCCCCAUCGGGGAGCUACCGACCAUCGUUUCCAUCCCUAUAUAGACGUCUCUGACCUGAAGACACAGACUGGA